GUGGGGCCUAUGUGGAUGAUCCACGCUCUGUCUGUAUUUGUCUAUGCAGUGUCUGCGCCCAGCUCGGACUAUAUGUACUUGAAUUCCUUCGCCAAGCAUUAUGCUGACGGCCAGCCCAUGGACUGCACCACACAGAUGGACUCCAACGCCUGCAGUCGGGCAGUCGUGGAUGUGACGCAAAUACAAGUCAUCAGAGGUUUUGCGUUGCCUGUCAUGCAGUUCUUUGCCGGACCAGCCCUGGGGGCCAUCAGCGAUGCGUUUGGCCGACGACCAGCUGUGAUUCUUAUUCGCAUUGCCCUGGCGAUCUCGACGGCCGCUGGGGCGGCUGUGGCCUGCUUCGACCUGUCUGUUUGGAUUGACUUUUACAUCGGCUUUGUUGGCAUGAUCCCAUUCCUGCCAGUACCGCUGGCGUGGUACAUCGAUCGCAUAGAUCACACUCCAUCCAUUGUGAUGGCCACGGCCCUGGUGGAGAGUUCUUGCACCUUAGCAUCUGUUGUGGGCUCCAUGCUGGGUGGCUUCCUGAGUCUGAAGGCUGCCAUGCUGAUUGGAUUCCUGGGGAAGAUCAUCUGCUUGCUGCUUGCGAUCUUUGUGCUGCCAGAGUCGCUUCCGGAAGAGAAGCGCAUCCGCUUCACCUGGUCCAAUCUUCUGCCCACGGCGGCCCUGAAGGUGCUGUUCCAGAGCCCUCUUGUGGAGAAACUUACAGCCAUUGGGGUCAUCGAUUCCUUCCACUACAACGGCUUCUACACGUUGAGCAGCCGUUUCUUGAUGCAAAGUCUGGCGUUUGGCCGCCAUCAGACCUACUUGCAGACAAUGGUGGGGCAGCUUUCUGACAUGGUCUGGCUGACAGUUGGCGUGUCCAUGCUCUGGCCUAUUCUUGGCCAGGUCGGCAUCCUGAUUGCCAGUACCGUGGCAACUGCCUGUUCAGAUAUAUUGAUGAUGCUUUCGGCACACCCCUGGCAGAUCUACAUGAAUGGCUUGCUUCUGGGAGGUCUUGGGAACAUGAACAGCUGCGUCAUUGCCAGUAUUGCCGGCAAAGCGGCUUCCGCGGAGAAGCAAGGCAUGUUCCAGUCGGCGUUGAAUCUCGUCAUUCAGGUGAGUAGCGCGCUGGGCCCUGCGGCUUUCAUGACAGUAUAUCAGCUCCUUGACCCGACAGCUCCUGGCGCUCCCAGCUGGAGAAUGACCAUCUACAUCAUCUAUGGGGUCCUCUUUGCGGUCCCAAGCCUGAUGCUGUCGUUGGCACUUCGCAGGUUCCUCCCCGCUGCAGAUGAGUAUGACUCGGGCUUCAGCAGCUGA